CUGAAAGAAAAAUAUAUGUCAGCCUAUGUACCAGAGCAAAACAUAUCCAUAGAUGAGUCCUUGAUAGGAUGGAAAGGCAGACUUGCUUGGAAACAGUACAUACCCUCAAAAAGGAAACGAUUUGGCAUGAAAGUUUUUGCCUUAUGUGAAAGUAGCAGUGGCUACAUGUACAACUUUUUAGUUUAUACUGGGGCAGAUACCGCAUACAAUGCUUUGUAUGAAAAUGAACCACUUACUUCGAGGGUAGUGUUGACAUUGAUUCAUCCUCUUUUAGAUAAGGGAUACUGCCUAUUUUUAGAUAAUUAUUAUACAAGCAUAGACCUGCUCGACAAACUAGUAAAAAGAAGGACAGAUGCUGUUGGUACAAUGAGAAUAAAUAGAAAAGGAAUACCACAGGCAAUAAAAGUAAAAUUACAGCGAGGUGAAACCGUAGCACGUUUCAGAAGAAAGCUCAUGAUUCAGAAAUGGCGCGACAAGAAAGACGUCCUUAUGAUAAGCACAAUUCACGAUGACAGCAUGAAAAAAAUUGCAGCAAGAAGUAAGGAAAUUGAAAAGCCAGCUUGCGUAAUCGACUACAAUGCCAGCAUGGGUGGUGUCGAUUUAUCUGACAAUUACCUCCACUUUUAUGGAAUUGCUCGUACUAGAGUUAAAAAGUACUACAUGAAGAUGUUUUUUCCAUUUUUUAAGUGUCACUACAUUGAAUGCCUUUCAAAUUUAUAAGAAGAUUGGCUGAAAAACUAAAAAGAAUGAACUUCUUACUGGAGCUGGGUGAGAAGGUAGUAGAAAAAUACAGCAAACCCUUACAAAUGAAGAAAAGAAGGUCUAGAACGCCAAUGCCCACAAGACUGAUUGAAAGACAUUUUCCAUCGAUAAUAGCACCAACAACAAAAGCAAAACCGACAAAAAGAUGCGUUGUAUGUGCUGAACAAAAGAAGCGAAAAGAGAGUCGUUAUUGGUGCUUAGAGUGUCGUACUGGUCUCUGUCAUGCACCUUGUUUUGGGAUAUACCAUACAAAAGAAUAAUAUUUUCUAUAAGUUUUUGGCUGUAUUUUCUUUUUGAAUAAAUAAGCUUUAAGUAAUUUUAGGUGCAUUAAUUGUUUAAAAAAAGUACUUGUCAUGGUGGCUUUCCCGUAUAUGUACG